AUUCAGCGCUGAAGCAGUGCUUCUUGAUGCCGUCCUUUCUUACAGGUGCCUUCAUUUGCAAGAUGGUACCAUUUGUUCAGUCCACUGCCAUUGUGACCGAGAUUCUCACUAUGACCUGCAUUGCCGUGGAAAGGCACCAGGGACUGGUGCAUCCUUUUAAGAUGAAGUGGCAAUAUACCAACCGAAGGGCCUUCACCAUGCUCGGUUUGGUCUGGUUGGUGGCAGUUAUUGUGGGAUCACCCAUGUGGCACGUCCAGCGACUUGAGAUUAAAUAUGACUUUUUGUAUGAAAAAGAACAUGUCUGCUGUUUGGAAGAGUGGGCCAGCCCUGCGCACCAGAAAAUCUACACUACUUUCAUCCUUGUUAUCCUCUUCCUUCUGCCCCUUAUGGUGAUGCUGAUCCUCUACAGUAAAAUUGGUUAUGAACUUUGGAUAAAGAAAAGAGUGGGAGAUGGUUCAGUGCUGCAAACUAUUCAUGGAAAAGAAAUGUCCAAAAUAGCCAGGAGGAAGAAGAGGGCUGUCAUGAUGAUGGUGACCGUGGUGGCUCUCUUCACUGUGUGCUGGGCGCCCUUCCAUGUUGUUCAUAUGAUGAUCGAAUACAGUAAUUUUGAAAAGGAAUAUGAUGAUGUCACAAUCAAGAUGAUUUUUGCCAUCGUGCAAAUAAUUGGCUUUUCCAAUUCCAUCUGCAACCCCAUUGUGUAUGCAUUUAUGAAUGAGAACUUCAAAAAGAACUUCCUGUCUGCAGUUUGUUAUUGCCUAGUGAAUGAAUCCUUAUCUCCAGCACGGAGGCGUGACAACUCAGGACUAACCAUGAUGCCAAAGAAAGGAAGGUUCCCUCGGAGAGCGAAUCUGGUCGAGGAGACCAAAGGAGAAGCCUUCAGUGAUGGCAACAUUGAAGUCAAAUUGUGUGAGCAACCAGAAGAGAAGAAAACUCUCAAGCGGCAUCUUGCUCUGUUCAGUUCUGAACUUUCUGAGAAUUCUGCUGUAGGCAGUGGGCAUUGAUUAUUGUAAUGACGCCCUCAUGAGUGAUGCCAUUCCCACUGGAAUCAAAAGAGGCAUUACUUUGAUCAAAGGUCAGAGACUUUUUUUUAAUUCUUAAAAUGAUAACAGAGAAAACUUAAAUUAGUCUCUUUAAAACAUGGUUGUCAUGAAAAUAAAUUUUUGAAAUAUUGGGAAAUGAUCCCUGUACAUUACAAAAAGCAUGAAUUUUUAAAAAUCUUAUACAGAAAUAAAUGUUCUUGGCUGUCAGUUUCCCCACUAUACACUCAAUAUAAUGUCUUCUGCUGUAUUACAAAAUUGGACACGAUCCUAACCUUAAAAUGAUGGCUUCUUUCUCUACUAAUAAGUGUAGUAGCUUAACACGGUGAAAUGAUUAGUGCACUGUCAGCGUUCAGUGAGAGAGUCAUAAAUGUGAUCUGUACCAUAUCAUAAAGUCAAAGAAGUUAGAGAGCCAGCCAAGUAACAGAUUAAUAAGACUUGGAGUUGGAUUUGAACUUCUUAUAGCUCCCCCAGUUACUACCGCUAUGAUGACUAACCAGUCUUUUAACAUGUGGGGGCCUCUACUCCAUCCUGUGUAUGCUAGAGGUGGAUUUGUAUGUCAUGGAAUUGCCCUGUGAAUAAAGUGAGAUGUGCAUUUAGUAUUGUGAAACACCUCCAAGCACCAACGCAGUAUCACAGCUGUUUCAAAGCUUUCCCUUCUGUUCCUCCUUCCUUUUAAAGGCUUGCUGUUCCUGCCCUACUUUCCUCUCAUGCUUAUCUUUUUACCAAGUUUCUCUAAUGAAAAGAAGAGAACAUUUCUGGAGUCCUCCUUGUGGGUUGACUUUAGACCAAUUUAACCAUCUUACAUAGUCAUAUCUUAAUUCCUCCAUCUUCCCUAGUGGGAGGAAAUAUUUUACUCACUGGUGAGAUGCAAAAUGACACAAGACCUUUUGGAGUCCCUGGGUGAUGUAAACAGUUAGGCACAUGACUAAUGACAAAGGUUGGCAGUUCAAGUCUACUUAGAGGCCCCGUGGAGGGAUGGUCUGGUGAUCUACUUCCCCAAACGUAGCCAUUUGAAACUGUGUUCAGUGAAACAAACAGUCAAAGCUCAAACAUAAUUCUCCUCUGACGCACCUGGGAAUUGGAAUUGACUUUAGGACAAUUGCUCUAUUCAGGCUUUUAGGUGGAGGUGGAUCCGCGAGAGAAUCAACUCCAUACGGAGGAAACGGUACUGCAGGCAAGGUUGACUUCAAAGACAGGAGAGUCAGGACAAACAAGAGAGUCCCCAUGCUUCUUCCCGAAAUCUCAUUAAACCUAAGCCUUCUCUCUUCAAUCUUCUAUGUCAUGAGUUUAGUGAUCAACACAGCGCUCUCUGACUCCCUUUUCAAUAGCUGAGAUUCCCCAAAUCCAACGACAACUCACUGUCAACCUAUUUCUUCUGUCAUCAGUUUUCGAGCACUUAACUGCUUACUCUAUAAUAAAAUGAAAGAGGAGCCCAAACACCUUAGGAUGCCAACCUUCUAAGAUACCAACCAAACAAUCCAUUGACAACCAGCUAAUUCUGACUCCUGGCUCCCCUAUGCAACACAGGAGAAUUGCCCAGAGGGUUUCAAAACCUUGGAAAUUUCAUGGACACAAACUGCCAGAUGUUUCUCCCCCAGAGUGACUGGAGCUUGACUAUUAAGAAACAGAUAAUUAAUAUAAUGUGAGUGCCAAUGUUCAAUGAAUGAAAGAAAAUAUGUGGUAUUGGGGAAAUUGUAGAUAUGAAACAGGAACAGAAAUAAAAGGAAAAGAGGGAAAUACAUGAUUUUCUUUGGGUUGCAGUGCACUAAAUGUGUGUUGUUUAUGUAAAUUGUUUACCUGUUAUACCUAGUUAACUGUUAUAUCUAGUUAACCUAUACCCAGAGACAGCUGUCAUUAAAUCAUUAAGCCAUUACCAGUGCAGCUUGUUAUGGGCCAUCCUUCCUCAAUCGAAAAUGUUUCCUACAAAUCUUUCUAAAUGCUGUAUACAUGUGCUUCAAAUAUGACCAAAUGGAAAGUCGCUAAAUUGGCACUAUUAUUGACCAUUUGAUGAAUACGUUUUCAUUUUUUAAAGUUGCUAAA